AUGGCAGGCAGAGAAGUCCAACCUCUCGCCUGCUUGCUCCUGUUGGCUCUCACUUCGCUUUCUGCAGCGCAGGAUGCCUUGGGCAGCGUUUGCGCCCAUGAGUUCUACGAUAAUGUCGAUCGAACUGGGCGGCAGAUCCGCGAAGGUGAAACGAUCUAUAGGGACAUCCGCUACAACAUGACCCACAGGUACAUCUACCAAAACCAGGACGUGGUCACGAUGAACCAGCCGGACCAGUACCGCAAGGUGAUCAUCAAUCUGGAGCCCUGCCGAGGCGUAGUGUACCUCUUUGUCCGAAAGACGCGCAGGUGCUGGCCGAACCCCUACAGCUGUAUCGAUCUCAGACCCGGCUUCGAGAGAAGGGAGGCCUCCAAUUGCGAAUGGACGCACUUUAUGUCUGAAAUCGAUGGAAGCAGGGACGGGGCGCCGACCUAUUUCGAAGUCCCGCUGUCUUCCACCAAGUUCUUCAUUUCCGUGUACUCCCCGACCGAGUACUCUGCCUACACGCUCACCAUCCUCGCAGACAUUGGCCGCUGGCCUCGGCCCGGGGCGUUUGGGCGGCUGACUGCAAGGUGCUUGAGCCAGAAGUAG